CUCGCGCCCCCCUUCGUCCCGCUGAUAAGCGGCAGCAGCAUAGCGGGGAGGAGCUCUCCUCUGCCGGGACUCCUCCUUCCGCUCCCAUCGUUUUUCUUUCGCUUGCCCCCCAACACUCACGCGCGUCUCCACCCCCCCCUCCACCUUCGUUCAGCCUGCUGGUCGAGAGGUAAAGAUGUGAAGGACGGGGGAAAGAAGUGCCGAGCAGAGGGGGUUUCUGGGUUCUUUUUUUUUUCUUGCCGGAGCGGAAAAAAAGGUAUCCGGAGCGCCGCGAGGGAGAGUCGGGGGGGACUCUUCGGAGACAGAGACGGAGAAGACGGAGGGAGGAGGCGAACGUUGGCUGUAAACACGACAGAAAACGACGAAUAGGACGUCCACCCCCCCGCCGUACCACCCCCCGCGCGUCCCUUCUCAUCUCCAUCCUCCUCUGAGGCGCGCGCCGGAGUGGCCUGCUCUCCGCCGGGUUGGAACUCAACAUUUUCUCAUUGAAUCUUCCGCUCCGUAGCGGGAUAAACAUUGAAGGAGCCGCCGCGAUAACCGAAAGGACCCCCCUCCCUCCUCCGCCCCCUGACUCCCACGCGCGCGUGCGUCCUGCUCGGGAUGUUUUAAGCGGUGUGUCUCCGAUCGGCUGGACAGGAGCGGAAAACCGAGGACUGCAGGAAACCCUGACGGAGGCAGGGACGCCGGCCCCGGCUGUCACCGGCUUCCCAGCAUCACCAAUGCGAGUGCACGGCGGCCACUGCUGCUGCUGCUGCAGAACCCGGAUCAGCAGGGCUCUCAUCCACCAUGAACCUCUGAAAGGCAUCUGACACGGGCACAGAUGGGCGGCAUUGAAGGUGUGAAGGGAUCUGCAGCAGUAGCCGAGCACCGACCGCUGUCAUGAGCACUUUGGAAUAAUUUCAGCACUCAUGUCUCUGCUUAAAUGUACCAGCAUAUGCUUGCCGACGCGAUGCUGGCGGUUACUCUGUUUGAUGAAAAUGCGGCGGCACAAAGUGUUCCUGCUGUGCACGGUGGGUCUAUGUGUCAUCUCCUUCCUUCACUACUACAAGGCCCUCCAUUACGUCUCCCUCCUGCGCGAGCUCUCCGCUCCCUACCCCAACAUCAAGUCCUUCAUCAUGGUCUCUGGCUUCUUCUGGAGGGAAAAGGGUGCGUCUGCCACCCCGCUAGUACCCGCCUCGGCCGACGAUGACCCUCGACUGCCUGUGCGGCGUAAUCCGGAUGCCAAACACAGGGGGGGAGGGGCGGGUUCUCUUGGGAGCCAAAGAGAUGAAGAGUUGGACAUAAACGAGGGUCCAGAAAGACCUGGAGUUGGGGACCAUCUGGGGCUUAGGGUGCCGGAACCUCCUCAUCCUUGGGAGAAACCAGAGGAAAACGAUCUUGGAGAGCUUUCAAAAGAUAGGGGAGCUGAAGACUACCACGCCAAACAUUUUGAGCGAGAACAUCCAAAAGCACAUUUAGGACGGGAACACAUAGCAGUGUUCCUAGACAACCAUCAGUGGGACCCCUUAAGAUCCAUGGGGGAUCUUCAUACUCGCACCCACAGGCUCCAGGAUGACAAGACGUCCUACUUUGUCAGCACCAAAGCCGGAGCACUUUGCUUCAAACAGGGGACUGAGAUGGCCUCUCAGAAGGAUUAUUCCGUCAAAGUGGUUGAACCCAACAUGGCUGCUGAUGGUGCUGCUGUGCAGCGGAAACCUUUGGAGCUCAAGGAGCGGCCCUCCGUGUCUCCAAAGACUAAGACGCGAGCUCGGAGCGGCGGGAAGCGACUCGUCAAGUGUGUGUGCCGGCCGGGGUGGCACGGACCUUACUGCGGGGUACCCACUAUGGUGUACCACUCCAACCUGCCAACCAAGGAGCGACUAACUCCCAGAGAGACACCUCGGAGGGUGAUUAAUGCCAUCAACGUGAACCACGAGUUUGACCUGCUGCAUGCACGAUUUCACGAGCUCCAUCAGGCUGUCGACCUCUUCCUUAUAUGUGAAUCCAACUUUACUGCCUAUGGGGAGAAACGACCUCUUAGUUUUCUUCGGCUUCUCCUUAAUGGUACGUACAAUUACAUACGUCACAAGAUUCUCUACGUGUUUCUCGACCAUUUCCCGGAUGGGGGACGGCAGGACGGUUGGAUCGCUGAUGACUACUUGCGUACCUUCCUGACACGAAACGGCAUGUCCAGGGUGGUAGGUUUAAGACCAGACGACGUCUUCGUCAUCAACGACGCUGAUGAAAUCCCUGCACACGAGGGCCUCCUCUUCCUUAAGCUGUUCGAUGGUUGGACGGAACCUUUCGCCAUCCACAUGCGCAAGUCACUGUACGGCUUUUUUUGGAAGCAGUUUGGGUCUUUGGAGGUUAUAUCAGGCUGCACCGUGGGAAUGCUCCGCAACGUCUACGACGGCGACGGCAUCAAACUGCGUCGGCGUGAAUACUACACCAUGCCCGGUUUCAGAAAGUACGAGAACGACACGGGCCACAUCCUGGUCCAGUGGUCAGUCGGCAGUCCCUUCCACUACGCUGGCUGGCACUGCUCCUGGUGCUUUACUCCUGAAGGGAUCUAUUUUAAGCUGGUGUCAGCACAGAACGGAGACUUUCCUCGGUGGGGGGACUAUGAAGACAAGCGUGACCUUGAUUACAUCCGCAAUCUAAUCAAGACAGGGGGCUGGUUUGACGGCUCCAUGCAGGAGUACCCCCCUGCAGACUCCAAAGAGCAUAUGUAUGCCCCCAAGUACAUGAUAGAGAACCAUGAACGGUACAGCUACCUCCUGGAGAACCCUUACCUUGACCCAAAAAAGUGAGACUUUCUACUUCAGCAAGGGCCUGUUAUGUGAAGAGACCCUGAGUGAAGGAUCGGCACUAAGCUUUGAACAACACUGGUGAGGUUGGGGUUUAAAAACGAUUGCUUUGGGGUAAAAAAGGGAGUACUUUUUCCACACCAAUCAUGACGAGGAGAACAACGAGAGGAUACAACCACUGGAUCUACAGCAUCACACCAUCGUUCUAUGUUUUGGAAGAGGCCAAACUAGCUUUCUUACAGUAUUCUGUUGCUUUUAACACCUUCCAGUUGGGACACACCUGUUCUCUGGAAAAAAGGGGCAGCUUCCACUUUAAAAAAAAAAAGAAGGAAAACAGGGAUCUUUUGGAGCCAAAUUAAUGGAAAUUUGACACUCAAAGUGAAGAAUUGCUGUUGUUUCUGUCUGCGUUUACUAAGGUUUACAGCUCACACUACUGCUUCAGUCUCUACCUUCAGACGUCUUCCCGCCGUAAGUCACGAUAUCAGUGCAGAAUCAAACUCGAUCACAUUCUCGGGUUUCUGCAGGAAAAAAAAUCUAAAUCCUCCUCGGAGCACCAAAACACUCACAUUCAUCUCCAUGCACCUUAGACUUGCUUGUGUGUUUGUAAAUACUGUGCGUCGUCUGUCUCUGUGUUGUACCGUUCUGGAAAAUGAAAAAGGGUGAGGGGAAUCGCAGAAUAAGAAAACAACAAUUUCUCCUCGAGGAAUGGUAGAGAAUUAUGUUGAGGUGGCCCGAUGUUACACAGCAGAGAGGAAGAGGCAUUAAAAAGGAGAAGUGCAGUGAUGUUAAAGAGGAAGAAUGAACAUUACACAGAUGAGUGUGUGUUGCCUUGAGAAUAAAUCACGCCUUUGUCUAUUAUCAUUUUGCCCCGUCAGUAACCAGUUCAGACAAAGUGGACACAACACCUUCUGCUUUUUUUUAAUCCCUCAGCUCAGUAGCUGGCAUUCCUUUUGUUUCCUUGGAAACUAAAAUAUGUAAAACACAGGUCUGGUUUUGUUAAGAUGUGUGGGUGGAUGUAUGUCAGUGAAGGAGCUAUAUUUCUGAGAUGAGGUCAGCAACUGCAAAGUUUUCAAAGAGUCUCUGACGCUUCAUCAGAUCUUCUCUUUUAGUCCUGCACUUCCUGUUUUUUGGGAGGGGGGGGGGGUUGCUUCCUUUUUCUUCUGUUUGCUAAAGUUAGCCUCCACUCACUGACCUCCGUGCCCUACGUUGAUUAAAUUAAAGUCACCUACUUGCUUUUUAAAUCCCCCUCUCACCCUUCCACGCUUGACUAAUCUUUGCAUCCCUUCACAGGAGUGAACGAAUUAGCAUAUGUGCUUCUUGUUUGUCUCCCAGCUGUGAACAGCUGUCCUUGUGGUCAAAAUGUAUAAAAAAUCCCCACUCCGCCUCUCUUGGUGGAACUUUUUGUUGUGAAUGUCACAUCUGUGGAUGUGGUUUAGAGUCAUUUGAGGAUCUUUUCAAAAACAAGGAAACCAAAUAUUUGAAUUUUAAACAUGCAUACAUUAAUUUCUUCCUAACUGGGUUUUAAAGGUUGUGUUUUCUCAGCCCCAGGCUUGAAAAUAAAACUGCUUACAAAAUGUAAAGUUUCCAGGCGGAAAUGCGAUGAGUGAUAUGAGGGAUGAAGAUUGGUUGGAGUUUGAUACUAAUACUUGAUGUUAGGAGUCAGAGGCAUGCACAGAUUACACUCUUCCUCCACUCUUCCUGGCUGUAAGCGCUUGGCGGGAAAAUAAGAUUAGCCAGCAGGCGGCUGACAGUUGUUUGGGGGUCAGUGCUGUGUUUCCUGCGGGAGCAGCUGUUUGGGGUGUGGAGCCAAAAAAAUGUCUAAAUCUGAAGGAGGUGCAGAAACAUAAGAAACUACGUGGUGUGUCAACAGUGCUGACAAUAUAAGCUGCUUUUUAUUUCUUUGAAACUCACUUUGAAAGAACAGUGACGUACGUGAUUAAAGGAGGUGUCGGCUAUUAAUAACUUAGACAAUAGUGCACUUCCACAAAUCAAAGAAAAGCAGAUGCUUUUUGACUCUCCUGUAACUAAAUAUGUAGGAUUUCUCCUCCCAAAACACAAACUUUCUAAGCAAAUUUAAAGCAAAAGUCCUCCGCUCUUGCAGCCAUAAUCAGAACGGCCUCUCUCUGCAAUGAAAUAAUUGCUGCCACAGUUUUAUUUGAAAAACAAAGGAAGGACAGAAAAAGUGCCUCGCCGAAACGCCCUUUCAGGAAUGCGACAACAGAAGCGUCACAUCACAGACUAAUGGGGUAUUUAUGUUUAAAGCCCUGUCAGGAGACAAUUAACUCCAAUUCACUCAGCCCUCGUCUGCACAUCUGCACAGCACUCACAUGUCUGCAAGUUUGUAUGCUUUUGUGCGGUUUAGGGCGUUAACAGUGGUGACUCACGGUUUUCAAGAGUUUUGCCAAAAGACGAGCUAGGGGUUGCUUCACCGGGACUAUUGUCUAACAUCGCCAUGGUGACGAUCCCUCGAGGAACACCUGACUUCGUUAGGUCAUCCUCCAAGGCUGUAGAUUAGUAGUUUGGUGGCGGGAGUCAACAGUUAGUGGAAUCCCAGAGGAACUCUUCUCUUGGGGGCAUUUUUUUUUACCCUUGAAUGAGUCCAGGUGGCUUAGUUCAGUGGACUGGGAAUUGCCCCAAAAUGUCAACCCUUUAUUUGGUUUACUUUCACUCCCUAUUCCUUUGAAAGCUGUCCAAACUGCGAACAAACGACAAGUAUUUAAAACAGGUGGAGAAAUUGGUUGCACCAAAGCUCAAAUGAACACUCCCAUAUACCAAUAGAAAGGUGAUAUUGCUGAAGUAAAAUCAAGAUUGGUUUGCUUUACAGCUACAAAACCAAUGAAAAGUCAAAAUGUCCAACAAAAAUGUGACAUUUCUUUAGUAAAUAUAAUAUUAACUGAGAUUUGAGAAGAAAAAAAAAACAGCAUUUUUGUCCAUCGUUAAUGCUUUUAUCUAAUGCACAAAAGGAGAAAAUGUACUGUAACUUUUUAACUGUUAACACCGCUCAAGCCGUUUUUCUCUUUCAAAAUCUACUGGAAUGACAUUGAUCGUGCUAACAAUUAAAAAACUACAGUAAAUAAAAUAAUAUAAACACUGGAGCUCCAAUGUUAGAGUUUAAAAUGAAGUGUGUAAACAGGAGCAUUUAGUCAUUUCACCUUGCAUUUCCAGGAUAUAAGGUGCCUCAUCUCCAAAUUGGAAGCUCAAGUUUGCCUAAGGGCACUUCAGCGAGCCGUAGCCGGCCAGAAGUGGGUGUUAAAAGCGCGGAGAUGCUUGUGACAUCAUUUUAAUGCCAGAUAUGGUCACAUACAACACCAGUAGAGUGGGAAACGGUGCUAUCAUUAAAUGUGUUUCCCCUUAAAAUAAAAAGACAUCAGAGUCGGACGCUUUCAGUGGAAAUCUCAACAAUUCAGCUUCCAGAAAUGAUCAAAUGUAAUUUAUCUUGUUGCAACUAACGCUAUGCAAUAGAUGAUGGAAUAUAAAAAGCAAAAGUUGACAAAACAGGAGGUAACUGUGGAUGAUGUUUUAGGAAAAACCCUUUGAGAGUUCUCUUAUGUCAAGUCGAACAGAUGCAAAUUGAUCCUGCAAUGAACCGAAAUUAAAGAAACGUUAUCAACCUCUGUGUUUUUUAUGACAGUAGGCGAUCGUAUCCUUAGAUGCUGAAACUGAGCAUCUCCAUGUGUUUGGUUGGGAUGUGAACAUUCCUCCUACAAGGAAAUAUCCACAAAAAGCUACUGGAAAAAGAUCAAAAGCUGCAGUAGAAAGUCACAAACUGAUUUUUGCUUUGGGAUCUUUACAGGUCUUUCAGAUGUUCUUGUUACUGCGUUUCGCCAACGAUACAAGCUUUUAAUUUGUAGCAGAAGCCUGCCAGCAGAUCUGCAGUAUACUGCUACUGGCUGCUCCUGAGAAGAGGGGGAAUACAUUAAGUGCAAAGUGAGUCAGCUGCAGGUAGAAUUGGAGUCAUGCUCUGCAGCCUUGUUGUACUUAAUAUUAAAAUCCAAAACAAGAAAUGGGCUUUUCCGUAAAUUGCAGAUUCCAUUAGCUUUCUUUUUUUUGAUAACAGAAAAUCUAGGACUUGAGUAUAGUAACAGUAAAUUUAACAAAAAAUACAACCAUAAAUAUGUCAAAUGAUGGGCUGUCUUUAUAUCAUGUUUACAAGUAUUUGCCCCUCCUUCACCAUUAACCCCCCCCAUCUGUUGUUUUGCUCCCGCUCUGGCUGUCUUCUUGUCUCCAGGACUUGCAUGAUUUCGCAACUCUGGAUCCCUUCCAGCGUCAUGACCUCCAGCAAAUGAUCCUUUCUAAGAAAAAAAACACAGGCCUCAUUCAGGCCAGCAAUCCAAGAGACAGACGUCCCGGUUGACUUGAAGUCGUUCCCACGGGAGCUGAAGAUGACUUUUAUGAGCGCUCAUUUGAACUCUUGAAGCUUAAGCGUUUUAAAUGAGGAUAACUGAAAGCUUCCUGUGAAGCUUAGAUAACUAGUUGGUUUUAUUUUUAUUUUUUCUCCAUAAAACUCUAACAUGAUUCAACCUGGAUCAAAAACUCACUCAAAUGAAUCAUUUUUGGAAUGUGAAUAUCCAUUCUUUUAAGGAGCUGAGUUAUUUAUCAGUUUGUAAACACUAGUUGGGUUAAAGAGUUAGUGUGACCCAGUCUAACGGGGGAAAAACCCAUCUUCGAUUAGGGUGAAUUCUAAGUGAGCUGAGCUCACAUCGCUUUACCAAAACGUGGUUACAUUUGUAGGAAACGUGUCUCUGAGUUGAUGAGUCACAUUUGUGAAUCUGUUCAAGAACAGCUUGUUGGCAUUGGGAUGGAUAUUAUUAAAACAAAUUUGGUACAGGAGUCCAUAUGCUGUUAUCAGACAUAUGAAAGUCAGAGCUGCUGCACAGCACAGACAGAUGGAUGCAGUGACACAUGCGUGCUCCAGGGGGCAGAAAAGCAGUCUGGCCAACACCUGGCUGCAAAGCAAGUGCCAUGACAAACAGGAGGGGAGUGACGAACAUAUGGCUUUCUUUGUCACUGACUACUACUGUCCAUGCCUGUGUUUGCAACAGUAAAGCAUAAAAGUCAGCAUUUCUUCACUCUUUAUGAUUUAAUUUUGCUCAGUUAGCUAAGCUAUUACACUUUUGAACCCUCAGUCUUUCAUAAUUGGCACUAAAGUCCUGUAAAAGGAGAGUGCUUCAGAGUCAACACCUGAACUUGAUUCAGAUUCACUCCGAUGUCCUCUGGUCUGUCGAGGAGAAAAGAUUUAGCUCGGCUGGGAUCAAAGAAAAGCUGAUAGUGAAAUCAUAUUUAAAGGCUUAAACGUGACAUUUCCGCUGGCUGGCUCCCUGUCGGACUCCCAGCUGCAGCGUCUCAGAGCACGCAUUCACUUACAUGUGUGGACUCCAUUUAUUCCUCUUUGAUUUGGGUUGGUUGUAAUCUGAAUCCCUUUGGUUUUUCUGGAUCGAAACCAGACUGUAAAAUGGGGUGUAGAAUGAAGGGGCUAUUUAGGAGGGGAGGGGGUAUGAAUGUUGAGUCUCAGGAGGGUUCAAAUUCCCUACAUUCCCUAUCAGCAUUCAAGACUGAAAAAAAAGGAUUGGAAUGUUCCUCAUCGUUUUUCCACAUUUUUAAUCUUUUUGGUUUACUUUGCACUUUUGCUUUGACAUGAGGUCAGUGAAGGGGGCUUUCUUUCCUAUGUUUUGAGUUUUAAUAGAAUAUUUUUGGUGGAGUAGUAGCGGGGAGGGUGAGAUGAUGAGCGUCUCUGUUUCUUCUAUUUAACUUGGUAUUCCGUUUGCCUGGUUUUAUAACUCCGUCCUGUUGGCAGCUUGAUUUUAAAUGUGGUGUGUGUAUGUGAAGGAAUAUAGUUGUUAAAAGACACUGUCAAAGCUGACUUCCCGUCCACCUCAUGUCGGCUUCCAACUAGAGAUUUCCCCUUCCUUUUUUGAAUUUUUUUUGUUGUAAAUCAUUUUCUUAAGAACCUAAUAGCAUCACAUAACCACUUGGAAACACUUACAUCCAUAAUGAUUAACACAGAACACAACAAACAACACGCCAACGGAGUUUAAAAGUGAAAAACACAAAAAAAUAAUAGACAAAAGUGUCCAAUACAAAAUCUCCAAGGUAGAACUUGUGUUUAAUAGUUGCACUACAGCGAUGCAUGAACACCUGAAGAGGAAGCAUGUUGUAAUGAGUUUGAUGACGCUGAAGAGGGAUUGUUUUUGCUAAGCUAAGCUAACAUUAGUGCAAACUUGUAGCGACACGUGAAUGUGAGAGUUUCGAAUACAGAAGCCCCAUUUACAUAGAUUUUCAGUUGAAGUGGUCACUUUUGCCAAGGACGGUGUGAACGUAGCAUCAAUCUCACAAUGAAAGCUAGCCACUGUUUAACCAGAAAAAUAACAUUUUUUCUGCUAGUAGGAGGUGGUCAGGUGCUUGAUGCUUGAAAACCCAUCCACGCGCGUGUCUUUGUUUUUCGUCUGACCUUGUGUACUUGUGAAAACAGUUUCUGAAAGUGGUGCUGCUUUUGUUGCUCCAAACACUGAAUCCACAUUUUGAACCCACGAUGACCUCAUUCAUCCCAGCAUGCCUGAAUCAUGACUCAGGUGUGACGGUUCCAAAAAAAAAAAAUAUAUAUAUAUAUAUAUAUAUAUGAGUGAUUUAGUGCGGAAGUGUUUGUACUAAUGGUUUCCUCCGACUAAACCAGUAAAACCUGUUUAUUUUCAGUCAGUUUUCUAACAGAAACAAAAAACGAAUGUGACAAGCCAGUUUCUGCUAUUUACUUAAUGGUGUUCUCUGAAAGCAACCACAAGGAGGCCCUCCACAUGUGCCCUCGAACAUCUUCGUCUUUAGCCGGACACUCAAUUCCAUCCACAUUGCCAUUGAAAGUGGACAAAAAGGCUAAAGAAAAAGUCCCCACACAUCAAUAGCAUCGCCUCGGUAGAUGACUGGCACCCGGCCCCCGGGGACGCGCUUAAUUGUCUGCUGUCUGCAGCCAAUUAACCAACCAGGCUGCGUGCCAAUCCUAAUCCUCAGCAGCCUGCUUUGCCAGAAUUAGCCCUCUACUUUUCUUUUUUUGUGCAGUUUGUGUUAAAAAAAGGAAGAAAAUAAAAAAGAAUUAAUCAUGGUUUACAGUUUCUGAGAGAGGGUGAUUAGAAAACGAGGUGCAGCUUUAUUACCCUGCCUGUGCAGAUUUCAGCCACUUUCAGGGCAAAGAGGCGAUCUUUACGAGAAUGUAAAAAUGUGAAAGCUGUCCAGAAGAGAAAAAAAAACAAAAUGUUUUGAUGAUGUCCAAUAACUUAUCCUCUGCCUUGCUCUUUCCAUAUGCACUGAUGAUUGUAGAUAGAUUGUUUAUUUUUAUUUAAUUUUUAAUCCAUUGUUUUGAGGGGUUUUCUUUUUUUUUAAGAGUUAAAAGUGUGUGAGAAAGCGAGUGUGUAUUUACUGUACGUCUGGGAGAAUGAAGAAAAAAACGAUGGUGUGUUCUUCUCAUGUGUAGUAACAUUUGGCUUCCAAAUGCACACAUCUUUUUUUUUUUUUUCCAGCUGGAAGCAGUGUGUCGAGCGUGUUCACCGUGUUGCUUUGCAUCUUCAUCCACUCAUUCAAAUAAAAGCAAAACCAACUGGAGCAGCAGGAAAAGGAUAUUUUUCCAUCAGUGUGGAAAAAAUGGAAAUGAGAGACAAUAAUUUUGAAAAAAAAAAGAUAUUUUUCUCUUCUUUGGGGUCACAGAGGAGAGUGUACAUUUUUAAGUUAAGUAAAAGUAAUAAAAAAAGUUCAUUUGUUCUCUAUAUGAAUGACUGUAUGUUAACCAUGAAUAAAGGUAAUGAGUUCUAUGACAAAGUCAUAUAAUAAAAUGAUUUUAAAAAUGUAA